AUCCACACUGGAGAAAUAACCCGGUUUGGCACCGCUUUAACUCUCUUGGCUCAAGGCUAUGGAAUUCUGGGAGUUGGAGUUUGCUAAAGCUCCCGGUGUUUGUGGGGAAGCUUUGUUCAGGACUGAACAUGCCCUAUUUAAUGAAAGAUGGCUGAGGACCCUCAGAGAAAUUUUCGAUCAGUUUAUUAUGAAAAAGUAGGAUUUCGUGGAGUUGAAGAAAAAAAGUCACUGGAAAUUCUUCUGAAAGAUGAUCGAUUGGACAUUGAGAAACUUUGUACUUUUAGUCAAAGAUUUCCUCUCCCAUCCAUGUAUCGGACCCUUGUAUGGAAGGUGCUUCUAGGAAUUCUUCCUCCUCACCAUGAAUCUCAUGCAUUUGUGAUGAAAUAUCGAAAGGAGCAGUAUAGAGAUGUGUACCAUGCUCUCCAAGUAAUUCGUUUCAUCAGUGAUUCUACCCCACAGGUGGAAGUUUUCCUCCGGAUAUAUCAGCUGGAGUCAGGAAAGCUGCCUCGAAAUCCAUCAUUUCCCUUGGAAUCUGAAGAAGAGACAUUUCUUGCUAUUGCAAAAGCCAUGGAGGAAAUGGUGGAAGAUAACAUUGACUGCUAUUGGCUUGUCAGUAGUUUUGUGAAUCAAUUAAACAAUAAGUACAAGGAUUCAUUACCCCUGCUGCCAAAACUUCUGGAACAGUACCUGAGCCUUGAGGACAGCAGACUCUUAACACACCUGAAAUCAUGUUCAGCAAUGGGCCAGCUACCUUACAAUCUUUGGUUUAGAAGGUGUUUUGCUGGUUGUCUACCAGAAUCCAGCUUACAGAGGGUUUGGGAUAAAGUUAUAAGCGGCUCUUGCAAAAUACUUGUCUUUGUUGCUGUAGAGAUCUUAUUAACCUUCAAAAUGAAGUUAAUGGCCCUGAAUAAUGCAGAAAAGAUUGAACAUUUUUUGGAAAAUAUACCUCAAGACAACACUGAUGCAAUUGUGAGCAAAGCUAUUGAACUGUGGCACAAACAUUGUGGGACUCCUGCACACUCAGUCUGAGAUAACCUCUCCAACUGGCAUUUUAGGUUACUACUGAAAUCUGUCCUUACCCCUACCCUCAAGACUAUGUAAUUAAAAUUAUUUAAACACUGGGAA